CAGAGGAAACAGUGAAUCACAGCUUCAGAGGGGGGGGAGUCGAUCACAAUACACUUAGUGCACCCAAACCGAACACGCUUCUGCGCAGAGUGCUCCUCUCAACCACCAGCUUCUCAUUCAAAGUCAUCUCUUAUUGCUGUUUUACUUUUCUCAGUUUCAAGAACGAAAGAAAGACUGCAGGUUACUUUCGCACCUGAGAGACAAAGUUUGAGAAGAAGGGAGGCUGAAGUUUUGAGAGUGCACAUGGCUGCUCUGAUCAGCGCGUAUUCCUCCUGGCCGGAGAGUUUUGAGUGCUCUGCGGGAAACGGGGAAGUACCUGACGGACACACCUCCCACAGAGCUCCUGCGGACAAGGUGUCGGAGCCGCGCAUCAGGAGACCCAUGAACGCCUUCAUGGUGUGGGCCAAAGAUGAGCGCAAGAGACUCGCUGUUCAGAACCCAGAUCUCCACAAUGCAGAGCUAAGCAAGAUGCUGGGAAAGUCAUGGAAAGCUUUAACUCCACCGCAGAAGAGGCCAUAUGUUGAGGAAGCGGAGCGGCUGAGGGUGCAGCACAUGCAGGACUAUCCCAACUAUAAAUACCGUCCUCGUAGGAAGAAGCAGCUAAAGCGAAUCUGUAAACGCGUGGACCCUGGCUUCCUUCUGACCACACUAGGUCCAGACCAGAAUUCCCUACCAAAUCCGCGUGGCUGCUGUCACCCCCUUGAUAAAGAUGAUGAGAGUGGCGUGAGUGGCAGUUCUGGUUUCAGUUCUCCCGCUGCAGCUCUACCUGGUGUGAGGGUCUUCCGAGAUCCUGCAGGUUCCAAUAGCAGCUUCGAUACGUACCCAUACGGCUUGCCCACGCCACCUGAGAUGUCACCUCUGGACGCCUUAGAUCACGAACACCAAUCCUACUACUCACCCUCCAGCUCAGUCUCCACCAGCUCCUGCUCUUCUUCCACCUCUUGCCCGGAUGACAGGCAUCCCACCCCAGUCCACAUGAGCAGUCCACCCUCUUACCAUCCCGACUACUCCCAACAAGCAUCUUUGCACUGUGGGAGCGCACAUCUGGGCCACAUCCCGAUGCCUCACCAGGGAAGUGGGGCGACCCUCAUCCCUGCUCAUUCACUCUCUUAUUACAGCCCUUCAUUCCCCCAGGUUCAGAUUCAUCAUGGGCACCAGGGGCAUCUGGGCCAACUCUCACCGCCUCCGGAACAGGGGCACCUGGAAAGUCUGGACCAGCUGAGCCAGGCUGAAUUGCUGGGAGAGGUAGACAGGGAUGAGUUUGACCAGUACUUAAAUUCCACUAGUUAUCACCCUGAGCAGGGUGGGAUGACAGUCACAGGACACAUCCAAGUAACGCCAGUUUCCGUUUGUUCUAGCAGCGCAACGGAAACCAGUCUCAUCUCUGUGUUGGCCGAUGCCACGGCAGCCUACUACAACAACUACAGCAUUUCAUAAAUGGCAAAAUUAACAAAGACAAUUAGUACAGAAAGAGACUGUGGGCUUUACAUGGGUCAGCAAUAUAACUAGCAGGUAAACAAAAGGGGGCUGUGGAGGGAGCCGAAAAAAGAGAAGCUACAGGAAGUCAAUGGACACCUCAGGGAUGCACAGACAAAAAAAACAAACCUAAAGUUCAUUCCCAUCUUUGUUUCCAAAAGAGGAACGGAAGUAAAAAAAAAAAUAAAAUGGACAAACAUAGAAAUGCUCAUAUCUUGCCACAAAAGCAUGUACAUAUGCUAUAAAGCUUAUUUAUACAUAUAUAUAUAUAUAUAUAUAUAUAUAACUGCUUUGCAUUAAAGCUUAUUGUGUUGCUUUUAUUCACUCCAGAAAUAUAUAUAUAUAUAUAUAUAUAUAUAUAUAUAUAUAUAUAUAUAUAUAUAUAUAUAUAUAUAUAUAUAUAUUCUUUUUAUUUUUUUAAACCUCAAUUGUUUUACCUCAAGAAUGAUUUAAGUGAGGCUUGUCUCUUCUGCAUAUCUUUUAUAGGAUAUAGUUUUGAAGGAUAUUCUUCAGUUGCCCUUUUUUCCCCCUUUACCUUCAUUUAAAAAUAUAUGUACUCAUAAACAGUUAAUAUAAUAAUAAUAUUAAAUACUUCUGUAUGCCAGUUAAAGUUUUUCACAUUAACUUAAUUCAAAUAAAAUACUGAGUUUAUACAUUUUGCGUUCUCAUCUUUGAUAUCUUUACCCAUUUCAAUAACAGGCAGAUAAACAUAGCACUGAAACAAUAUUGAGGUUUGAACAAUGUCCUAUUUGACCGAUCUUGAUGAUGGAUUUGACAGAUUUCAUAAUGAAUUGCAUUGUGUAUACCCAUAUAAGCACAGUGCUGUGUCUGUUGGUCUGGACAUAAGACAACAUUUUUUUGCAGAUACUCUUCAUUGUUUUGUGAAAUAUUAAAACAGAAUAUUCUGAGGUCCCAUCUGAACUAGACGUCACAAAAAAACAAAACAAAAAAAAAAACAAAAAAAAAAAAUAUAUAUACUGUAAAUACUGGUCAAAAGACUCAAGCUUUAAUAACAGAGAGACCACACUUUGACUUCUAUUGUAAAGCUGCUCUUUUAUCUGUUCAAUAGUAUUAUUAUUAUUAGUAGUAGUACUAGUAUGAUAUAAACUGCUUCAUAGGAACUGCUUUAUGGGAAAUAUUUUAUAUACAGCUAAACUAUUUGUUUUCAUAAAUUUAGAAGCUUUUUGCACUGAUUUAUUUCAGUUAGUAUUGAUUUGUUGUAGCAAAAUUUUAAGUCCCCGCAAGGACCUGCAACCAGAUGUAAAAAACCCUUAAGUUAAGAAAAUCUUUAGUCAAUAUGGGUUUUCUUAACUUGCAACCAGGCUCAGACCUCUACAAUUUGGUGUACUGUGUACGACAGGCCGUUGCCAUCACCACUGCACUGGAAACUGGCGGUAACCAACCUGCGUUCCCAUUUUGCUAUCACCAACACCCAUUAUACACUCAGUUUCACUCCUCCGCAGAUCAGAGGAUUAGUGUAAAACAGGCUCUGCUGUUUUUCUCCCCGCCUCCAUUUCCACAGGCCUUUUGUUUCCCCCUGUCUUAUUCUGGGUGCGUGUCUUAAGCAGAAUGUUGGAACUCCCCUCCCCUGCCUGUCCUAUCUUGCUGAUGCAGACUUUCAUAAUCUCUGCGAAAUAUAUAAAUACACCUUGUCCCCGUCAACUGUUUUACAUGUUCAUCAUUUUUUAUUUUUCUCCCUCCAUCUCUUUGUCUCUCUUUUCAAAUUCCUCCUUUUUUUGAUAAAAGGAAUCUGAAGUGGGGGAAAGAGGGAGGUGGUGGCGGGCGUUUGACAAAUCCUGGAGUCUGGCUUGGUCUUCCUGCGUUUUUUGGGAACGGUUGAGUCGUGGUUCUUGUAAAAAGGAUGUGGCGGAGAGGCAGUGUUUCCUGCCUGAUAAGAGUAAAGCCUCUCUCCAUCAGGAUGUUUGGGCCCUGGCUGGUCCCUGCAUUAAAAGAGCCCAUGGUGAGGGAAAGGGAACCUGCUGUUCAUUUUAGCAGAGAGGAAAUAUGGCUCUUGUUGAUGAAUAUCUCACACUGUGGUUUUUUGGGCUUCAAUUUGACUCUCCUCUGGUCUGGCCACACACCUGGCUCAGCACAGAUUUCUUAAUCUGUCUCCGUCAGUGGCAACAAAGACAAGUGACAGUAGCUCAUGGUUAUGAUGUGAUUUGUGAAUCAUGCUGUUGUACUUAUUGUUUAAGAAACAUUUCAGUCAAUGUCUGAUUCAGUGUACUCAACUUUGGUCCAUAUAGUCAAUAAAAUGUGAACAUUCA